AUGGCAGUUCGAAUGUGUUUCGCUUUAUUGGCCCUGUUUGUAACCAACAUCUCAGCCUACAAUAUACUGACUGUUUUAGCUAUGUCAGUCGGUAGCCAUUUCCUGUAUCUGUCGAAAAUAGGCGAGCAUCUGACGAGAAAAGGUCAUUCGGUGACCCUGCUUGUCGCGGAGAACCACAACGAUUUGAAUAAGACAUUUGGGCAUGGAAACGUCUUCACAGUUGAGAAGUACCACAGUGCGAUGGACGAAGAUAUGUUUUUAAGGGUUUGGGACGCCAUGAACGAAUUGCUGCAGGGAAACAUGUAUUUUCAACGUGCCACGUCGUUACUUAACGACGCAAUGUUUACAGAUUGUAGAACCGUACUACUAGACGCUGAUUUGAUGCAACGCCUGGAGCAAUCUAAAUUCGACAUAGUGAUAGGGGAUAAUGUGACACCCUGUCGCGCUCUCAUCGCUGAUAAACUCUCCCUACCGUUCAUAACGGUGUCUACCAAUCGCCCACUCCCGUCAUUCGACACUUACCUGCUGAACAUGCCGACGCCUCUGUCGUACGUUCCUGGUUUUGUUUCCGGGUUAACAGACAGAAUGACCCUCUGGGAGAGACUAACGAACGUUGUCAACCACGCUGUCGUGCAUCUUGCUGUUAACUUAUUAUUGCUGCCACCGUAUAAUAGAUUAAAACAGGAAUGUGACAUCGACCGCGAUGUGAGCAUCGUGGAAUCGCUCAGUAAAUCUCAACUAACCAUCUUCGGAAUGGACUGGGACGUGGAUUUCCCUUGCCCUAUGAUGCCGAACACCGUACGUAUUGGUGGUUUGUUGGCCAAACCAGCAACACCAUUAGCUGAAGAAUGGGAGGAAUUCGUUAGAUCAGCUGCUGAUAUUGGAUUGGUUGUCUUCUCUUUCGGUUCGUUGAUUGAUCUGUCUCAUAAUAGCGUAAAAUCAGAGAUCGUUUUCAGCGCUCUUGCCAGGCUGUCUCAAAAAGUUGCCAUAAAAUACGACGGAACACCGCCAUCAACGUUGGGAAAUAACACCAAGCUGUCUAAAUGGAUACCGCAGAAUGAUUUACUAGGUCAUCCCAAUACGAAGGUGUUCGUCGCCCAUGGUGGGUUGAACGGUAUCUACGAGGCGGUCUAUCACGGGGUGCCCAUGGUGGGAAUACCUAUCUAUGACGAUCAUUUUGAUAACUUUGCCAGACUACGAAGUAAAGGCAUGGUUGAGACGGUUGAGAUUGGGACAUUAACAUCUGAUGGACUUUUUGAUGCUAUCAUUAAAGUUAUCACGAACACAAGAUACAAAGCGAACGCUGAGAAGAUAUCCCGCAUACACAGAGAUAAACCAAUGUCUGCCAGCGAUACGGCCGUAUUCUGGAUCGAACAUGUGAUCAAACAUGGCGGACAACAUCUCAGGGCAGAAGCAUUCAAUUUAAAUUUCUCCCAGUAUUUCUUGAUGGAUGUUUUCGCUUUUUUAUUCAUUGCACUUAUCACGGUGUUUAUUCUGGUUAAAAUGUUUUUCUUUUUGAUGUGUAUACUAUGUUGUAAACGCAAUUCACAAAAACAAAAAUCAGAUUAACCUAUAGACAAUAGAUCGUAUAUUGCAAAUUAAUUUGAUAUUGUGCGCAUUCACAAGAAGUACUUUCGAUGUCACUCAAAAUAAUACCCGC